CACUGGUGAGAGGACAGGGGAGAGACACGAGAAGCGUUGUAAGGAAGUCAAGCAGGUCUGUAAAGAGCCUUCCAUACUCCAAACUGCUUUUUUGGAAGAUUGUUUCUUCUUCUUCUUCUUCUGUUAGCUUUUCUUAUUGCCAAUCAAUUUCCCUCUGUACAAGAGAAAUCCAGUGGAGAUCUGCUCAAUGUCCAAUCAAGGCCAUCUUCUCUCUAAAAUCAUUUGCUCAUUGGAAAGUUGAAGCGGUCGGGUAGAGACAAGGCAGGGGACCAACAAAUUCAAUUCAGCAAGCUCAGCUUCAUUUGAGAGAUAGAUAUGGAACCAUCAGACCAUGGAAGAAGAAGCAGAAGCAACCAAUCGCAAAUACCCAGAAACUCACGCAUCUCCCUUGAAGUCUUCAACCCAUCAUCAUCAUCAUCAUCCUCCUCCUCUGCCUCACAAUCACAAUCACAACAACGACAACAGACCACCUGGAAAACCUGGCUAAACCCACUUGACCAGCCCAAUCUCUCUUCCAACUCUGACCAAAUCACCUCAUGGAUGGCCCUCAAGGACCCUUCUUCUCCGCCGCUGACUGCCUCUGACAUCGUCGGCGAUUCCGAUAAUAGCUGUCAGAAAUCGAGUGGGAAGACGAAGGUGUCGGGCGAAUUCGGAAUGGCGGCGAAAAGGGCGGCGGAGUGGGGAUUGGUACUGAAGACGGACACUGAAACUGGAAAGCCACAGGUGGUGAAGGCCAGAACUUCCGGGGAUGACCCGAUUCACAGACCCGGGAGCUCUACAAAUGACUCGGGUGACUCUAUGCGGAGCUCCGGUGAUGUGUCCGAUGAUGGAUCAGGAAAAGAGGGAGCGUUUCCUAAAAUGUCUGAAGGCUUAAAGGAUGCAUUAUCGACAUUUCAACAAACAUUUGUGGUUGUUGAUGCAACCAAACCUGAUUACCCAAUUAUUUAUGCUAGCACCGGGUUCUCUAAUAUGACUGGUUACACAUCAAAAGAAGUCAUAGGGAGGAAUUGUCGAUUUUUACAGGGUAUAGGUACGGACCCAGAAGAUGUGGCAAAGAUCCGGGAAGCCUUGAAAUUGGGGACUAAUUACUGUGGGAGGUUGCUCAAUUACAAGAAAGAUGGGUCACCCUUUUGGAACCUCCUCACAAUUUCACCUAUCAAGGAUGAUACUGGGAAAGUCCUCAAAUUUAUUGGAAUGCAAGUGGAGGUGAGCAAGCACACGGAGGGUUCCAAGGAGAAAAUGACCCGUCCCAACGGUCUCCCUGAAUCGUUGAUUCGAUACGAUGCCCGGCAGAAAGAGAUGGCUGCUAGUUCAGUAACUGAGCUAGUGCAGGCGGUGAAGAGACCGCGGGCACUCAGUGAAUCAACAAACCGUCCCACCAUGAGAAGAUCAGAAGGUGGCAGUGAACAGGAAAGAUCAGAAGCCCUAAGGGGGCAAAAUUUGGAGAAUAUGGCACCUCUCCCGAGACGGCAUUCAGUUGCUGGUACCAAAGCAUCCAUGCAGAAAAUCAGCGAGUUGCCAGAAAAGAAAGAGAAUAAAUUUCGUUCUUUCAUGUCGAUUCCAAAGAAAAGUCAUCCCAACAGUGAAGAAUUUGAUGUUGGAGUUGUUAUGGUUGACGAUGAUGAUGAGUGUGAUGAUGAUGGGCGGCCAGACAGUUUGGACGACAAAGUGAGGAAGAAGGAGAUGAGAAAAGGCAUCGAUCUUGCUACAACACUUGAACGUAUCGAGAAAAAUUUUGUCAUUACUGAUCCAAGGCUACCUGAUAAUCCCAUUAUAUUUGCAUCGGAUAGCUUCUUGGAGCUAACUGAGUACUGUCGUGAAGAAAUAUUAGGAAGAAAUUGCAGAUUUCUUCAAGGUCCCGAAACUGAUCCAGCUACUGUGAGGAAAAUUAGACAAGCAAUUGAUAACCAAACAGAGGUCACCGUGCAGCUUAUUAACUACACCAAAAGUGGAAAAAAGUUCUGGAAUUUGUUUCAUUUGCAGCCUAUGCGGGAUCAGAAGGGUGAAGUACAGUAUUUUAUCGGGGUACAAUUAGAUGGCAGUGAACAUGUUGAACCACUUCACAACUGCAUCCCUGAGGAAAUGGCAAACAAGAAUGCCAAACAGGUGAAAGAAACUGCCACAAACGUUGAUGAUGCAGUGAGGGAACUUCCAGAUGCCAAUUCGAAACCAGAGGAUUUGUGGAUUAACCAUUCAAAGGUGGUUCACCCAAAGCCUCACAGGAAAAACAGCUCAUCUUGGAGGGCUAUUCAAGAGAUUGUGGAUAGUGGAGAACAGAUAGGCUUGACACAUUUUAGGCCAAUAAAGCCCUUGGGAUCUGGUGAUACUGGCAGUGUGCAUUUGGUGGAAUUGUGUGGAACUGGCGAAUACUUCGCCAUGAAAGCUAUGGAUAAGGGGGUUAUGCUCAACCGCAACAAGGUGCAUAGAGCUUGUGCGGAAAGAGAAAUCUUGGACAUGUUGGACCACCCUUUUCUCCCAGCAUUGUAUGCUUCAUUUCAGACCAAAACACAUGUCUGUCUGAUAACUGAUUACUUUGCCGGGGGAGAGUUGUUCAUGCUUUUAGACAGACAACCAAAGAAGGUCUUGAAGGAACAUGCUGUCAGAUUCUACGCUGCAGAAGUAGUUGUUGCAUUGGAGUACCUGCACUGUCAAGGUAUAAUUUACAGGGAUUUAAAGCCUGAAAAUAUUGUACUUCAGAGCAAUGGCCACGUGUCCUUGACAGAUUUUGACUUGUCUUGCUUGACAUCUUGCAAGCCCCAGCUUUUGAUUCCAAAUACGAAUGAAAAGAAAAAACGUAAGAAAGGUCAACAACAAUCUCCAAUUUUUAUGGCUGAGCCAGUGAGGCCAUCAAAUUCUUUUGUUGGAACUGAAGAAUAUAUAGCUCCGGAAAUCAUAUCAGGAGCGGGCCACACUAGUGCAGUGGACUGGUGGGCACUUGGCAUUCUGCUCUAUGAAAUGCUGUACGGAUUCACACCAUUUAGGGGGAAAACGAGGCAAAAGACAUUUGCCAACAUUCUUCAUAAGGAUCUUAAAUUCCCAGCCUUUGCAUCGGUGAGUCUCUCUGGAAAGGAGUUAAUGUAUCGGUUGUUGCACAGAGAUCCCAAAAGCAGAUUGGGUUCACGCCAAGGAGCGAAUGAAAUCAAGCGACAUCCUUUCUUCAAGGGUAUCAACUGGGCUUUAGUUCGUUGCAUGAAACCGCCAAAGCUCGAUGUUCCUCUCUUAGGGACUGAAGAAGAAAAUGAAGUAGUUGAUCCUGAGCUAGAAGAUUUACUAGCAAAUAUUUUCUAAAAGAAUUUGGAAAUCGAAAUUUCAUCUCUGGUUCAGGGCACAUAAUGAUAGGACUCGAAGAGAGAUUUUCCUGAUCAGUGAGUUGGAAUUUCACCGGUGGCAUUUGUUUUUCGCUUGCUGCAUUUGUGUCCAGAGCUCAGCCUGGGAACGGUUUACAUUGUUUGAGUUGUUGUAUGUGUGUUUUGAUGUUUUCUAGUGCAUGUUCAUUGAUACUUGUAAGUUUUGUAAAUAAAACCAGUUCAUUGAUUCAACCUCUCUCUCUCUCUCUCUCUCUCUCUCUCUCUAAACUUUGGAAAUGGAUGAAUUCUUGGUUGCUGCUUA